UCUCGAGCAGUAAACAGUAAAAAAACUUCUAAAAUUCCUAAAAAUAAAUAUAUUUAUAUUUGUAAAAAUAUAGAAAUAUAUUUUAUAUUCGUAGAUUCAAAAAACUAAACAUGAAAUUGCGUAGCGGUCGCGAAAUUUUUCCCGAAGACGAUUCAGCCGAUGCUGCUAACGGUGAGUCACGUAACGAUAAUCGUUCGAGGCGUCGCAUUUCUCGCGCUGCCCGGGGAGCCGGUGCCAAUGGAUCGACCAACUCCGAUGCCCGUACUGAGCGCGUGCAAUCGACUGCCGCCAUUCGUUAUCGUAAUCGCAAUCGAAAUCGCAAUACACCCAUGGCCUCUGAACAGCGAUCUUUGCCCAACAUCGGAACUGAGAAUUCAACUAAUGCGGCUCUCGCAGAGCUGAGCCAACUGGCUGCUUUUAUUCUUGGACACAGUCUUCAGAUGCCACCUUUGCCGCCGAUGCCGCGCGUGAACCCACCACCUACCAUUCAAGCCCCAGACGGAACGCUGUCGACCAAAUUCUUCAUGCCCUUCGUACGUCAGUAUUUGACUCAAAAUGUAAAUAAUAACACUCGCAUUACCAGCAACAUACCCGAAAUGCUUAAUCUUUUCGUCGAAAAUCCUGAAUCUCAAGUCAGAUCGGAAGAUCUAGUCGAAGAUGAAGACGAUAUGAUGGAUGAUGAGGAGAUUGAAGAGGACGAGGGAGAUGAUGAUGAUGAUGAUGGUGAGGAAGAUGAUGACGAUGAUGAUGAUGAUGAGGAUGAUGAGGAUGAUGACGACGAUAUGGAUGAUGAAGACGGAGAAGGCGAUGGGGAUGAUGACAAUGAUGACGAUGAUGACAAUGAUGACGAUGAUGAUGAUGAUGACGAUGAUGAUGAUGACGAUGGUGAUGAUGAUGACGAUGGUGACGAUGAUGACGAGGAAGACGACGAAGAUGAUGACGAAAAUGAUGACGAUGAUGUCGACAUUGAUGACUGUCCAGCAUCACUUUUUAGGCUUAUAUUUGGCGGGAAUAAUUAACAUAGUUCGAUAGGCACAUGUAUAUAUAUAUAUAUAUACAUACAUAUAUGCAGGGGAUGAUUAGUUUUUAGAUCGCGUAGUGCUACUUUUUGGGAACUUCCGAGGCUUAGUUUAUAAAUUGAUAAUUUAAGUUGUUUCUUGUUAUUCGUCGAUCAACACAUUUCGAUUUAGGCAUUAUUUCGGUUCUAGUGUGGAGUUUUGUAGAGUGCUCGAAUAUGUUAUAUUUAUGAAAUCUUAAUCGUGAUAUAUUGUGAUAUACAAUCGAAUCGAAAAUAUAUAUAUACGUAGUGAUGCAACAUAGAAAUGUAUUGAAUUGGGAAUAGUUAGAUGAAACUCGAAUAAAACUGAGAUACAUCUCAACUAUGAAAGACUAAA